GACUUCUCUCUCUUCGAUGCAAUCGUGACUUUUCUCUCUUUGACGCCAUCGUGUCUGCCUUAGACCCCUCGUUUCAACCCCUCCGCCCACCCUCGCUCACCCGCCCCUCCUUCCACUCCCUUCACGUAACAUCCUUGCAGGACUUCUCUCUCUUUGAUGCCAUCGUGUCUGCCUCAGACCCCUCCGCUCGACCCUUCCGUCCACACUCCUCCCUCACCUCAACAGUUGCUGCAAGCAGCACUGCUGCCACCCCCACUGUUCCGCCCAUUGCUCCUCCGCCCGUUGCUCCUCCCCCCAUUGCUCCUCCGCCCGUUGCUCCUCCGCCCGUUGCUCCUCCGCCCGUUGCUCCUCCUUCUAUUGGUGCUCCCCACAUCGUGCAGCAGGCGGAAGAAAGAGCCCUGUGGUGGCGCCAUGCAACCAUAGACCUGACCUCACCCCCUAACCUUCCCCCCGCCUGCCCCCCGCCUGCCCCCUACCCCCCACCUACCUGCCCCCCUCAGGUGCAGCAGGCGGAGGAGAGAGCCCUGUGGUGGUGCCAUGCAACUAUAAAGCUGACUGCUCCCCCCUGCCUGUCCCCCACCUGUGCUCCCCUGCCCCUCUUCCUCCCCGUCUCGUUUCCCCCCGCCUGCCCCCACCAGGUGCAGCAGGCAGAGGAGAGAGCCCUGUGGUGGCGCCAUGCAACAAUCGAGCUUGCCUCCCGCAUACUGCACUGCACCGCUCUGCACCCCUCUGCGCCGCAGUCAGCGUUACCCAAAAGCAGCAGUGAUGAUGUCAUGUCUGAUUUGCUGUGCAACGAUGGGAUUGAUAGCAGUUCAGGAGGAGGAUCGGCAGCAGCAGCAGCAGAGGCACCACCAGCGCCAGAAGCAGCAGGUUUUGUGGAAGGCCAGAGCCGCAGCAGCAGCGCUGGUGUGCCUAUUCCGUGUGACUCUAUCGAAGGAAUGAAUGUGGCAGUUUCGACUGCGGUGCUGCCCAUUGCCUCUAUUGCCACUGCUGUUUCAGCUGCAGCAGCGCUGGCAGAUUCACCGGAAGCACAGCUGCUGCAGGCUGCAAGAGAGGCGCUGAAUAAGGCUCUCUGUUUCGAGAAUGAAUGA